AACGCCCUAUUUCAAGUAUUUGCCAUCAUGCCGUUACCAGCAACUGAUGAUUAUUCAGCCGUCCAGGCUUACUUCACAGCCAAGGAAUGGGCAGAGAUCAGUGACUAUGAGAAACUUCGUCUCAAGAACAUCAAAGAAAAUUAUGAGAUGAUGAUUGAAGUUGGACUAAAGGUUAGUCCCCCAGAUUUCAUGCGACCUCGUCGUGGAAGAAAGAAACAGCUUGUAGAGGAAAGUGAUAGUGAGGAUGAGGAGUGGAAGCCAAAGAGGGCCAAGAAAAAGUCAAGAGGAUCUUUUAGCGCACCUUUCAGGGCCCCUGCAGUCAAAUCAAACAAACCAGUUAUCACAAAGAAACAGCCCGAACCUAAACCACACACUGUAACAUCAGGGACUGUGUAUGAUGAUGACGGCAAUCCACUCAAUGAUGCUCAUCAUAUAGGGGGAGAGCGAAUCAUUGAUCUCCUUGAAUGGAAGGACUAUGCAGAUUCCACCCAACCACAAACCAAUCCAAUAGCAUCAUCAGGUGAUCAGGGGAAUCAGUCAGGUGAUCCAAACACUCGGUCAGAUGACCAGAAGACUGAGCAAACUUUGGCAGAAGUAGCUACAGGAGGCGACCAUUCUCCCAAGCAAUCCCGAUCAUUCUGUAUGAAAGUUGGUGGAAAGGCAAAAUCUCUGUCUGACAGGAGAAAGGAGAAACCCCAAUCAUCCCCAAGACAAUCUAGAUACCCGAGGAGAGCAGUGAGCCGCAAGUCAUACAAAGAAGAUGAUGUUCCUGACGAUGAUCACUACAUCUAUUGUGAAGAUUGUCAUGAGGUCUUUGAAGGUGAGUGCUCCAAGCAUCCCCUUACCAUCAUCAAGGACAACCCCAUCGCUAAAGGCUCUAAAGACAGAGCAAGGAAGACUCUACCAGAUGGUCUUGUGGUCAAGCAGUCAUCAAUACCAGGGGCUGGUCAGGGGAUCUUUGCAACCAAGUUCAUCCCUAAAGGAUACCGGUUUGGUCCGUACGAUGGAGACAUUGUGGACCUAGAGACUGGAUAUGAUAGCGGAUAUGCUUGGGAGAUAUGCACGGAAGGUAAACCUCACCACUAUGUUGACAGCAACAGUGAGCAGACAGGCAACUGGAUGCGAUACAUCAACUGUGCACGCAAUGAGGGAGAACAGAACCUUGUAGCAUUCCAGUAUCUUGGUCAGAUCUACUACCGUACCUUCAAACCUAUCUGUCCAGGAAGGGAGCUACUGGUCUACUAUGGGGAGCAGUAUGCAAAGGAUCUUGGUAUCACAUCCCAGCUCAACAAACUAAACAUUGAAACAGGUACUUGA